CACACGUCAUCCUCACCAGCGGCGAACGGCGUUUUCAAUCGUCGCCUCGGGGUCGUCGCCGCGAUCCAUCCACGAUUCAUCCCAUCGGAAAUCGUCGGAUUCGCCGAUUCCGAGCUGUUAUUGGGAAUACUUGCGGAAGUGAUCCGAGUCGUGUGUCGGAUGUGACGUUGACCAGAAAUCAGUGAAUCGACUGGACACUGUUUCAAGAUUAAAAACUUUCAGAUCAAAUUUGUCCAAUUGUACAGAGAAGCCGAGCAAGGGGAGAGAAUCAAUCUUGGGAUCGAUAGUGCGAAACAUACUUCGGUGGAUAAGGAUUUCACUAAUAAUAAUGUUCAAAAAACGCCCCUCUCGAUAUAAAAUGAUCCUUCGAGAGACUGAACUUUCAGAUUAUAAUUAGUUAUCUCGUCAGAAAAAUUCUAGAUAUACAUUUCGAUGAUUACGGGCAAAUGAAGCAUGAAACGGAAGGACUAGUUUAAUAAACGGGAUGUUGGUGAUUAUUAACAUGUAAUGUGUGAAACGAGUGCAUCGAAAUAACGAAUCUCUUGACGAUGCCGUCGGACAGUCAAGAUUAUGUAAAGCUAAUUACCGAAGUGUCCGACACCAAAUCAUCGCGAAAGGUUCCUUUCUGCAAUGAAGAUGAAGUCUUUUGAAAUCGACGACACUAAUUCGACGCGAUUUGAAAUCGUUCGUGAUAAAUCUGAACAAUUGUUAAGAACUGUAUGAAGAGCGCACACCGUGACUAAUGGGGAUGAAUUUUGUUACCAUUUUCAAGUAUAUCCAAUGUUAAAUUUUCGAUAAUUAAUCGGAAGUCAGUGCAAGUGUUCAGGCUGAUAGAAAGAGGAAAAAGUUGUGUUGUGAGCUGUGUUGCUGGGGUCAAUUAAACGGCGACAGUUUCACAAUUUCUAUCUACCAUGCAACCAUUUGCAACCGGAAGCGCAAUGGCGACCGAGACACCAACGAGCCUGCCACCAGACAGGGUAACCUCCCCGACGCCCUGUCGAAAUCUCACCUUUUCCAUCGCAAAGAUUAUGGAACCGGACAAACGGCUGACCGAGCAGAACGCUAAUCUAGUGCCCCCACCGCCGCCAGCAGUAGUACCAGUGACGACGACGACGACGAUUCUUCAACAACCGCCGAACAUCUCACCGUCGUACUCGGCGCAUUUGAAAUCGGCGUUCGAGAAGUACGUACCGACUUUGAGGCAUCAAGAUCUCCUCCAGCAUUAUCCCGUAUUGUCCAAGUACUAUCCACUAUACUAUCCGAAUCCCUUGCUGAGAGCUUUCCCGGGUCCCCCGGCCUCGACCCCGUCGGUCACCCAGAGUUCGCCACCUCCCGCAACUAUCCAGGAGGCCUCCUCGAGACUGAAUCUGACCAGCAUGUCGCCGGAAAACACGCGCGGUAAGAAGAGCCCGGCGCCGCGUAGCGAGCUCGGCACCACGAAUAAGCAAAAGACCUUUACUUGCCCGGAGUGUGGCAAGGUGUUCAAUGCGCAUUACAAUCUGACGAGACACAUGCCAGUGCACACGGGCGCCCGACCGUUUGUCUGCAAGAUUUGCGGUAAGGGCUUCCGCCAGGCGAGUACUCUUUGCCGACACAAGAUCAUCCACACGGCUGAAAAGCCGCACAAGUGCGUGACGUGCGGCAAGGCCUUCAAUCGUAGUUCUACUCUCAAUACUCAUACGCGCAUACAUGCCAAUUUCAAGCCGUUCGUCUGCGAGUACUGCGGCAAGGGCUUUCACCAGAAAGGUAACUACAAGAAUCACAAACUCACACACAGCGGCGAGAAGGCGUACAAGUGCAACAUCUGCAACAAGGCGUUUCAUCAGAUUUACAAUCUGACCUUCCACAUGCAUACGCACAACGACAAGAAGCCGUUCUCCUGCAAGAUCUGCGGUAAGGGCUUUUGCAGAAACUUUGACCUCAAGAAGCACAUGCGGAAGCUGCACGACGCAGGUUCGCCGGUGCUCAACGGGUUAGAUGCCUCGGGUCAGAGUCACAAUCAACAAUCGGGCUAUUCGUCGGUGUACCACGGCCCGGAACACUCUAUCGUCAGUCCAUUUAUACUUCCCCCGCCCGGAUCCACCAGUUAUCAUUCUCUGAGUAAGAUGUUGUGACAAAGCGAGAAUAUGCACUAUCCCAGGAAGACUCAAUAUCCGCUCAUUCUUGGCUCACCUUGCUACUCGACUGAUAUGAGUCAGUUGGCGCAAACUUCCAAGUGAGGAGUCAACAAGGCGCCCAAAGACUCGUUAGAUUUCUUACUUGAAAAAAAAGAACAUUUCCCAACUUACAGUUAGUCACGAAAACUGAGUCGAAAGAUACAUCGACGAUGUGUCCUGCUGAAAAUGUAUAGAACCUUCGAAAGUAACCCGCAGAUAAGAUUUUUCAAUGUGACAGAUGUUUUAAUACAACAAGAAACAAUAUCAACGACUUGUUCGAUAAACUCCGACAGAUGGUUGCUCACAUUCUUAUUACAAUUGAAAUUGGACUGAGAUGAAAGUAACAAAUGACUCGAAAAUGAAUUCGUCUUUUAAAUUCUAUUUUCCCAUUUUUAUAUACAGCGGCUCACGAAUCGAAGGUACCGCACGAGAAUUCUCUAUAAUUAAUUCAUUUAAAAAAACCAACCUACAUUUCAUUAACAAUAUAACACGUAAACAGACAAGUAUCUAUGAUUGUGCCAUAGAUCUUCGUUUAUGAAUUUUCAAAAGCAAUUCGUAAAACUGAUGUAAUUUUGAUUAGUUUCGUGAAUCAUUGUAUGUCUCGAGAAAUAAGUGUUUCUAAUUUUUUUAUUUUUGUAAUGUAAUCAACAAAGUUGAUUAAAAUUCUUUGAAAUUAUUACAGGAAUAUCCCAUAGUAAAUUGACUUUUCGUAUUUCCGUACUGUCUCACUGUUAAAAAGUUCUUGAUCAAAUUUGCAUUGACAUCACAAUUUUAUCAGUUGAUAGUCUGCUGUAAAUAGAAAUGUAAUUGUUCAACUGGGAUCGUAUGUGUUGUAACAUUCUGGGCGAUACUUAUGACCAACAUGUAAUUCUGUGGAAUAUUCGCAAAGCGUACUGGAUAUUAUAAAUAAUUCGCAGCGAACGAAAUCAACCAUAUCACGAAGAUAAAUCAAUAGGACACAGAUGCCCUAUUAGUCUCUACGAAUUGGGAAGGGUUUUAAUGAUCGAUUAUGAGCGUUGAUGGUUGCAUCAAUGGAUUCCUGCGGGCUAAUGUAAAUAUUUGUAAAUAUUUGUAUGUGCAAAGCAAAUACGUUACGCGUUAACGGCGAACGGGGACGGGAGUUAUUAGCAAAGUGAUCUGUAAUUAGGGUCGUCUCGACACAGAGACUGAUAGAGAGCCAUGGAAAAUAUGGAAUCGUCCAAAAGGCUUAUUAAAAAUUCGUCCAGAUUUCACGGAAUCUUUGCCUUCGAGUUCCAUUAUGAAUUCCUCUGUUGCAAAAAUUUUAAUUGGAAAUAGAUAUGUGCAUUUGUAAGAAGGAAAUUGUCACAAAUUUCGUGUUAGGUUCCAAAGUGACUCAAUUUGAUAUUCAGUUUUACUCAACGCGUGUUGAAAAAUACUUUUUAAAACUAUGACAUUUUGCCAUAUUCUGCUACUUUUGAAUUAUAUUCCUUUUCCUUGGCAUUUAUGCAAUUGUCAAUUUUCGUAAUGGAAAUGUCAUAUAAUACAAUAAUAUCUUUGGUAAUGCUAAUAACAUGACAGAACUUCGUAUUUGCGAUUUUACGUCAGAGCCUUCUGAAUUUUAUUUAACAAAUUGUGUAAUUGUCUCUAUCUGGCAAUUAUUAUUUUUACCUUAUCAAUAGUACAUAUUAAGGAUUUUUCUUGAGACAAAAUCGAUACGCAUAAUCGAACACGAAGGAAGAAGGUUUUAAAAGAGAUUUUUUGUAUCAUUAAAUUAAGAAUAAAGAGCUACGAUGGAGCGUACGGAGCAACCUUAUACAUUGACCGCAUAUCUAUCUACUUUUAGGCAAAUGUAUAAAUCGGUGUGAUAGUAGCUUUAAGUGAAUCAUAGAUAGCAAAUGAAAUGUUGGUCAUUAUUAUUACUAUUGUAAUUAUUAUAGCUAAAUCAUGAUCACCGUGGCUGACGCAACUGCGAUCAUUAAAGGCUUUGCAAUAGAAUCAAGAAUGUUUAUAAAAAGAUUAUUAUUAUUGUAACUCGUAUGACUAUUUAUGCAUUUUUAUUUACAUCUCGUAACUGUAAAAAGGCUGCCUAAGAUUAUUUUUACUAUCGCGCAUAAAACAAAUUUCGGGAUGCCGCGUUCAUUACAAAGCAACAUUGAUUUAUUAUAACAAGAUAUAAUUUGCCUUAUCGUAUGUUAAAAAUUUGUUUUAACGAAGCGAGUCACAACGGACUCUUGUCUGCAUAUGUAUCGUGCGAUCUAGAUAAGCGGCAGGUAAUUGCGGUGAAAUUAAUCAAGCGUAACUAAAAGUGAAAAGUUAUGUAUGUAGAUAAUUAGUAGAGUAGAUGAAAAUGCAUAUAUAUGUAUGUGUCCUUGUUGUAAAUAUGAGUCAAUCCGAUGCAAUAAAUUCAUCGAUACC